AAUUUGAUAUUUUAAUAUUUCAAAUCAAAGCUAUUUCACAUUAAAAUUAAGCUAUUUAUUUUAGGUGCUUACACUACCUUAGCCAUUUAUAUAACUUUUAUAAAGAAAUAAGAAUUUAAAUAAUUUGGAAAAUUUAUGGAACACUAUAAAUACAUUUUAAAAGUAGCAGAAGAACUUCUCUAUAAUGCAUGCCCAUAAGAUCUAAUCUAAAAAUAUGAAAUGUUGAAAUAAAUAUCUUUGCAAAAAGCGAACAUGCUCUAAAACUCUAAUUCAGAUGUUAACUCACUGUUCAAUAAUUAAAAUUAAUUAACAAACCAAAAUUUAUAAAACUCUUAGUAGCAGUAAUCAGAAAAAUUUUGUUAGUAACUACUAGAUUCUGUAAUGGAAACAAUUGGUCUGUUUUUAGAUGUGUUUUAAACAAUUAAUUAUUCAGGAUCGUAGUAUUAAAAUUUUUCUCAUAAAAUAUCAGAAUUCAAUGAAAUAACUUCUAAAAUUUUGGUAUCUUAACAGUAAAAGUAGCAUCAGUUGUAGCUAAAAGAGCCUUACAUUAAUAAAAAUAUUUACUCUUUCGAUAAAAUUACUUAAAAUAUGGUUAGAGCUUUAUACGACCUCGAUAACUAUAUAGUUUAGAAUGAGAAACAUAUAAAUUAGUAAAACGAGAUUAUAAAUAAUUAAUAAUAGCAAUUAAAAAAAAUAAAUAUAGAUUUUGAGAUACAAAGCCAGAGAUCUCUUUAAAAACAGCAAAUAGAAAAUUUUGAACUUUUGGAAAAGGUGAAAACUCUUUCAUCUGAAAAUGAAUCUCUUGCAUUAUAGCUAAAUGAGAAAAAAAAGAAUAUUGACAGACUAGAAAUACAAAUUGAAUCCCAGUGUAUUAAAAUUUCAGAUUACUAGUAAUUGAUAGAAGAUUAAAGGCAGAAAAUAUAAAGCUUAGAAAGGGAUUUGCAUGAAAAAUCAGUUUAAAUUAAAACUUCUUAAAAUAAUUUAUCUUCUGAAAUUUUCCAUAAAAGAAUUGAUGAUCUUAAUAUUUAAAUAAACAAUUUGAAUAAACAGUCUCUUGAACUCAAUCAUUUUAGCAAGACUUUUAAGGAUGAAUUUAAUAUUUAUGUAACCAAAUAUAAGGAGGCUUAUGAUGAGUUCUAAAAAAAAAGCAAUUAGACUAUUAUUCAAGAUGAAAGACUCAAUUUAUUAUUAUUUAUAGCAUAUCUCUUUUAAAAAUUUGAGGGAGAUAAUAUGUGGCUAGUAGAAAGACUUACUGAAUUUGGCAAGGAAAAUGAUAAUCUAAAGAAAUAAAACAAUGAGAUAUUUAAUGAAAUAAGCAAUCUUCAGCACUCUAUAAAAAACUCUAAUAGCCUAGAAAAUUUACACCUUCAGCUAUAAAGAGAAAUAGAUCUAUCUUCUAAACAAUUAUAUUAAUUUAAUGAUUCAAAGCAAAAGCUUAAGGAAUUUCUUUUAAAUAGCGAGAAAAAAUAAUCUUAGUCCACUUACUAAUCUUAAAAAUGA